AUGCAAAGGCGAUUUGGGAUCCGAUCACAGGAUCCAAUUUCAAACUGCCCAUGGGAGAACCCUAACCCUUCCACCAACGACGCUUCUCCGGAAACCCAAGAGCAUUUUUUGGAAGCCGAUCAUCAACAAGUGGCAAUAGCUCUUUACUCGUCAUCGGAUUUAUCAGACAUCGCCAAUAGUCCAGAUGAAGUAACUGUGGGGCCAGAUCCAGGUAAAGCUUUGGUGCCUUAUGAGGUAAAACCAGAGACAUCCACCAAGAAACCCAGGUUCGGUUUAGGGAGCGAUCAUUGGCGUCUGAUGAGCGGGCCCUUGUUCAUCGACUCGGCUCCACGUAACGAUGGAAGUUACCGAACGGAUAGUGAAGACACAGACCUUGAGACUUCCGAUCCGUUAGGAUUGUUAAGUUGUACAACGGAUUUGCUCAACAACGCAAGUGACCGGUUACUCGGCGAAACUGCUAUUAGUCCGCCUUUGGUCCAUUGCCGUUCUGGCGCCGAGAGCCCUCUUCCACCAAGAAAACGGCCUCGUUUACAACAUCGCUUCAACAAUUUCUCCCACUUCUUUAACAAGUCCCAAGACAACAUACGAGAAACUCAGUCGAGUCCAGCGCCCCAGCUUCCAGCUGUUAACAGUAAUAGGUUUGUUAUGCAACCUAAGAGCUCGCCUGACGUCGUGCAAACAACUGUGCCAGGCGUUUCUGUCUUACUUCCUUCCAUUCAAAGUCUGUGGCAGGGACCUAGAACCCAAGGCAUACUGUAUCAACAGCCAUAUUACCAGGAUGAUUUGAAACCAAGAAUGAUUACAACGGGACUGGUGACGGAGUAUGUGAAUUACGGUGUGGCCCAAUACCCAAUUCUAGAUCGUCCCUUACAAAACAUCGCAAAGAGGCGUGAACCUCAAGGGUAUUACGAUCCAUCAACGGGUGUGUUUGUCAUGCUGCAGUUUAGGAUGAGCUUUGUCAGACUUAUAGACCAAGAUAUAUGUGUGAUUAGGAGGAUUCGAUAUGACCGUCCCUCCCUAGAUAUCCUUCAGCAGGAUACGACGGAGCACCUCUUCCAAGAGAACAUCUUCUUCAACGACAAAGAAAUCUAUGGCUAUCAGUGGCUAAGGCUAAAACUCGAUCAAGCGACAAAGGAACCGAUCCUACUGACACGCUGUGUACUUUGCCCCUACUGCAAACAACUCCGUUUCUUUAACAUACAAGACCCAUCAUUCUCGACGCAUAUGGCACUUUGCCAUGGUAUUUAUCCUGAUGGUUUCCUUGCACCCGAUCCAUUGUACGCUGGCAUUUAUACCAUGACGACAACGACAAACUAUAACAACAGAGAGGUGGUGGCAAACCAAAGUGAACAUAAAUGUGUGGUUUGUCCCGCUUGCUACCUUAUAAUCCAAAUCAACUUCUGGGGAGAAGGUAGCGAGAAGGAUGAAUUGUCCUUCUACCUUCGUCAUUUCACGGAAGCACACCAGGUUAAGAUGCCAGGAUUUGACUACUUUGACCAGCAUGUUUGGGGUUAG